AUGUAUACAAUAUUGUGGAAAAAAGCCUCUGCCUGCCUGAUUCCCAAGCAUGGCAAAAAUCCUCAAUUACCGCAGAGCUAUCGUCCAAUCUCUCUGCUCUCUACCUGGGGUAAAAUUUUGGAUAAGUUGAUUGCUGAAAGAUUAAUCUAUUUUUUAGAAAGCAAUAAUAUCUUACAUGAAAAUCAAUUUGGCUUCAGGAGAGGCAGGGGAGCGGAUGACGCGCUUAAAUUUGUUGUGGACUAUGUCACAGCUGCUAAACACGAAGGUAAACAUACAGUGGGCGUCGCCAUAGACAUUAAAAAUGCUUUCGGCUCUGCCAGUUGGAGGCUGCUUAAGCAGGAAUUAAAUAGUUUGGGUUUGGGCGACUCGGUGCUGGCGGUGGUUUUUGAUUUUUUAAACAAUAGAUAUGUUUGUUUUAAUCGAAUUGAUGUUCUUAUAGAAUCACCAACCAAUGUAGGGGUACCCCAGGGCUCGUCCCUGGGACCCAUUUUAUGGCUCAUACUCAUUAAUUCAUUGAUCGUCAAUUUUAACUAUUAUGAUUGCAGUUUGCUUGCCUUCGCCGAUGACGUCUUUUUACUGAUGAAGCAUUCAAUACUCUAUAGAAUCGACAAAAUAGGCACAGAUAUUAUACAGUCUCUUACGGACUGGGCCAGGGAACACAGCCUUGUUUUCGCACCUGAAAAGACAAAAUUGAUCACAUUUCUUAAAGACGCCAAAUGUGUUAGAAGGCAACCGCGUAUCAAAAUGGCUGGCACAACUACUGCCAAUAUUAAACCAGUAAAAACACUUAAAUAUCUUGGCGUGAUUUUUGACCCUCGGUUGAGCUGGAUGCCACAUCUCGAGCAGUUAAAGUCCGAUGUCGACAUCUUUUACAACAAAAUGAAACAGUUCAGUAGAGCCACCUGGGGCUUGUCCCCAAACAUUCUUAAACAAAUUUAUCUCCGAGCUAUUGAGAAAAAAAUCACUUACGGAGCCUCUGUAUGGUAUAAAAAUAACGUGAAAAUUAAUAAGAAGUUGAACUCCAUACAGCGCAUCCCCCUUCUAAAUAUCACCAAAUGCUACUCCACCACCAGCACAGAGGCUCUCCAAAUUCUUGCUGGUAUUCCCCCCAUCGACCUAAAAAUUAGACAGACUUGUACUAUAAAGAAACAUCGGUGGACGCGAGAUAAGCAAAUCAUUUUCGAUAGCGACUUCCAAAUCAAAGAACUAGAUGCCUUACCGAUAGAUACCCCAGUACACCAUAAUCCCUUGGAUCUCAAGAUGAUAGAAAGGGGCUACAGCUCACCGAGGGGUGUGGGUUAUGAAAUCUAUACAGACGGCAGUAGAAGACAAAUAACAAAUUCGGAUACAGGGUUGACCGAGGAUAGAGUGGGCUGUGGUUUCUUGGUGAAGCUUAAUAACAACACCAUUUAUCAACACUGUGCUAGACUUAAUAACGAUGCAAGUGUAUACCCCGCCGAACUCACUGCCAUCAAACUUGCAAUCACAUGGGCAAACGCUGAAAAUAUUAAUGCAUUUAAUUUAUUCUCUGAUUCUAAAUCCUCGCUGCAGUCGCUAGAAAACCCAAAUCCGAAUGACCCACUUGUGGAAGAAAUUAAGAACAUGGUCAAAUAUAAAACAUGCUGUCUCAACUGGGUAAAGGCACAUUCUGGGGACAUUGGCAACGAGGAAGCUGAUGCACUUGCCAAACAAGGCACUCUUCUUGGCGGGGUUGAUCACUAUUAUCCUCUUUCAAAACCACAAAUCAAUUACAGACUGAGGCAGGUAAGCAACGCAAUUUGGCAGGACAGGUGGUCAACCACAACAAAUGGGAGACAUACCUAUAUCUUCUACCCAAUGGUCAAGGAGAAUAGACUCUCCAGCGAUUUCUUUCUUAAUCAAUUUCUCACGGGUCACGGAGUUUUCGGCGAGCAUCAAGCUAGGCUAUUCCAAGCUACAGCCAGCUGUAAAUACUGUGGAAAAUAUCAAUCUCUUAAACACCUAAUCGCCGAAUGUGACAAAUUCCGGACACUCCGAGGAAAUCUCUUUCGUAAUAUGAACGACUUGACUCUUUGGUUCCGAUCUAAAGCACAAAAAUAUGCUAUCACUGAGAUUAUUAAACGUACCCUGGUAGAUAUAAUGACACCAGACGAUCUCAUGGACCCUCUUCAUAUGAAUCAAAUUUAG